AUGGGGUCGGAAGAAGAGAAAGGAAAGAAUGAGGAAACUACACAAACACGCCCAUCGAUGCUGGUACCGAACAACUUUGAAGGUAUUCGCGAAGAUGAAAAUGAGCCCGAUAGUGGUUUCCAUACGAUCGCCAGCAAAAGGGAACUCCGUGAUAAAGGGAACAAUCUCGCCGAAGCAGGGCGUAGAUUUAGGAAAUAUCGCUCGUACAGCCUUAGUGAAACACCAAGUCAUAAAAAUUCCUUGAUCUAUGGAACAGCAAAGAAUCGAGCGUUGCACAGUAGGAAAACGUCAAAUGAGGAACAGAAUAAAAAUCGAACAAUAUCACUUCCUCAACAUAGUGCCGAGCAAGAGAAAGCCGUAAAUAAUUACUAUGAUAGACAUCCGCCAAGUUUAUCAAACCAAAAGAACUACGACACCAUAAACGGAUUUCACGAUUAUCCGCUGAAAAGAACGAUUUCCGUUGUUGAUCCGAAGGAUUCAGGAAAAUCGCCUACCAUGCCCACCACAAGAAAAUUCCACAAUUCUGUCUACUGGAUUGUGCACAAUCGAAGAAAAUAUGGUUUUCGACAUGUUUGCAUGUUGCUCCUUGUGCUCACCUACACUUUACUAGGAGCUGCUAUGUUCUUCAAUAUUGAGAGCAGAUAUGAACGAGAGACUGUCUCUCGACGAAAAAUCGCACUUGACGCUAAAGUUGAAGCAAUAGCCGAGCAAAUCCUCAUAUUUCGAAAUGAAACCAUAGAAAUAGUGAAUUUCUCGAUGUUGGAAAAAUUUGUUAAGAAAUCUUACAUUGCAUUGUUGGAGGAGGAAUCUCUUUUCUCUGGAAGUACCUAUUAUAAAACUGCAGAACCUGAUAAGUAUAAAUGGACAUACGCUAGCGCUAUAUUUUUCUCCAUGAAUCUCUACACAACAACAGGAUACGGAUCUAUCGCUGCCGAUUCCAAACUUGGACAAAUAUGCGUAAUUUGUUAUUCAUUGCUAUCCAUUCCUAUAACGUUGGUCGUUAUUCGUGAUCUUGGUCAAUGGACACUUGUUUAUUUAACAAAAAUCUACGCGCAUGUUUUGGUUUUAUUCAGACGAGCAAUGGGUUAUCAGGAACCGCACGAGGACACAAUGAUAUCACUUCCCAUCAAAUUUUGUCUCUCUCUACUAGCAGGAUAUCUACUUUUUGCCGCCAUAUUUAUUUAUUUGUUUGAUGAUUGGUAUGGUGAUCAGCCAAAUACUGGCUUACCAUUCUUUACAGCAUUCUAUUUUUCGUAUAUUUCUAUUGCGACUAUUGGUCUUGGCGAUAUUAUGCCAAAUAAUGCGACGUUUCAUCCGAUCAUAUCGGCCCUAUUCUUUUUUGGUAUGCCUAUUAUGAAGGUGGUCAAUCGUGCUACAUACGUUUUUAUUGAGAACGGCGUCUUUGGAGCGUUCACGUUACUCGAGAGCUCAAUUGACCAAUUAACGUCAAGAAUUCAACCUAAGGAAGAGGAGCCGCAAGAGACGAGGACACGAACAAUUAGUCGAUGUAGUUACUGUUCGCAUACGAUGGAAAAUCCGGAAGAGGAUAAGGCCACUGAGCUACUUAACAAUCUCACAAUUCGAUCGUUGGCAACUUUCGCUCGAGCGAACGCCGAUGUUUAUGGUGGUGGAUUUGGACGAGUGAAUUUACGGAAAGGAGAUCUUGUACACUCAAAAACCAAUGUCGAUCAAACAUGA